UCCCUGUCUCUCACCAGCGCUGGCUAGUGGCAUCACGGCAAGGUCAUCCAUCUGAUAAGAAAAGUAUUGCUGCGGAAAAGAAAGAGUCAGCAAUAGUGUGCUGCGCCUUUAGUUCUCCGGCAAUCCGUUCUUAUCCCAGCAAUUCUUUCAUCAGGGAAGAAAAAAAAGAGAGAACAAGUUAACAAACACAAAGACCGUGCAGUGUGUGCCAUCUAUAUAAGCCUCCUCGUCGCAUCACCCGUCCAUCUCCCUGUUAACCGCUGCUGCUGACCAAUCGCCUUCCCUACUUGCCAAGUUGCCAACUUGCCAUUGCCAAGAAGGGCAGCAGAAGCCACGGCGAUCGGCUCGCGAGAGGACCGGUCGAGCCAUCGAGGUAGCAGCAGCAGCUGGUCGCCAUGAGCCGGGGCGGCGGCGUCGGCAAGCACCUCCAGCACGUGCGCUGGUUGUGGCGGGCGCCGCGGCGGGCGCUGUGCGCGGCGCGGGACCUGUACGUGCGCAGCCUCACGGGGUGCGCGGGCCACCUACCGGGGGAGGCCGCCUUCGGCUACCCGUCCUUCGCCGGUGCGCCGGGGUUCCGCGUCGACAGCUUCGCGUCGUCCCGCCGCUCCUCGGACGCCGGGGACGAGGACCUGCGGGAGCUCAUCCGCGCCGCGUCGCAGCGGAGGGCGGCCGAGGCCGCCGCCGCGGCGCACCCGGCGGCCGUGCCGCGGAGCCAGAGCGUGGCCAUGGCGCGGAUCGACGAGGACCGGCCGUGCGACUUCGGCGGCCCCCUCGUGUUCCCCAGGAGCCGCAGCUGCGCCGUCGGGGCCGCGCGGAGGGGCAGGGUGGCCGCGCUCGCCGCCUGAUGAUUCUUGUUCUUGUUCUACGGCGCGCAUGCGACGGCCACAGCUCUGCAAGGAAGCAGGCCCUUGUGACGAACAGAACAUAGAAGGGCAAGCCCACCGACCGAGAGAAAAGGCAGCCGCACCGUCAGUGUGUGCCCGUGGUUUCGCUGUCCCAUGACUCCCAUCAUCAUCGUUCCUCUCGGCUCCCUUCCCUCAGGUCCGUCUCCCUCCCCUUCUCUCGCCAUCUCCGUCGAGCACAGUCCUCUUGGAUGGCUACGGCGGCGCUCGUGACCCAUUACCGAUACUGCACCGCCCAAAAUGUCGACCACUUCGCUCCUCCUCUCCGUUGCCACCGAUUUAGAUGGACAUGCGGUCGGUGACUGCGUACGACAACCCUAGCCACCGUCUUCAACCACCUCAAGUCCCACCCCGGCACUCUCCUGGCCUCCUCCACCUCCUCUACUGACGCCGCCCCCGCUCGAGUUCGCCGAGCGCGUCGCCCAGUUCCAGCAACACGCUGACAGCAUGGUACAGCCGCUGCCAAGCUUCACCUCCAUUGGAACCGAUCCACAGUAGCAGCACGCCAUCACAACAGGAAAGGACUACCCAUCCUCCUCAACCAUAUCUGCGACCUCGCCGCCGAAUCCUCCGCGACAUCUCCAUCCCCGCGGCAGCACCGAUGCCCCGUCGUGCCCCUCUUCACUGUCUCAGCUCACGGACGCUAGUAAACUGGUGUGUUUUCGUUAUUGCAACCGUCGACAGAGAACAACAAGGAGGGCACGAACCAAUCUGAAUGACGUGUGACAGUUACUCUUCUCAGGUUGUUGCUACCGUUGUGCUCUAUCUAUCAUUUUUGCAUUCCACGCUUCCUGAGGUUGUGCUUGCAUAGGAUCAAGUAGUAUAGGAUCACGUAGCUAAUGCUAUCCUUAUGAGGUCAAGCAAGCUACUGCCUUUGAUUGAGCCUGUUUGUAAUUUUUCCAUUCUCUGUUUGUUCAUUUAGUUGCCUCUAAUGGAAGAAUCAAGAAUGAUGAGAGCUUAAGUUCUGAAGCAUUAUAUCGGAUUUGCAUCUUAAUAGGUCUUAUGCAUACAAAGGUAACUGCCAAUACCACUGAUUUCCCUUCCUUCAAUUGUUUUACAUACUGCAACAAAGGUAUAACUAAUGACCCCAAGUUCCAAUUGCAUAAAUUUAGGUGACUCCUUUUAGAUUAUGUGAUGAAUUUCCAGAAUGUAUGAAGGUUUGUAGUCAGUUUAAUUUGCUGUUACUACAAAGUGUUCUAAUUCCUACUCAGGAUAUCUCAUAGAAAAUCUUUCAUUCCUUGCAGAUUCUGCUCUAUAAUGCAUUGGUUGCUGAGCAGAAGUCAUAAAGUUUCAGCUUUGACAUAGUUAUAUCCUUCUUUGUUUGCAAUGAAAUUACUGAUGCACGAGGAAAUGCAUUUUGUAAAACUUUUCAGAUAGGCUAUCUGUUAAUCUUCAAGUUUUCACAAGGCUGUAAUCACACCGGCUAUGUUCAUGAGUGGAACAACUACCAUUGAUGUUCAA